AGUGGCUGAAAGCGGCUACGCCGAAACCGCUUCUUGCAGACGAGAGGCACGAAAGCGCCGCAAGUAUCUCGCGUGCGGGGUUUUUCCUCUUUCAUUUCUUCGACUACGUUUUAUAUUGCCUAAUGACUCGGAGAGAAAAAGAAAUGUUGGCUUUUCGCGAAGUUUAUCGUACGUUCGUAGCCGCUACACCGAGUGUCUGAAGUCAUCGUGACGCCGAGAGCUUGAAGCAGUGAAACUAGCGAACGUCCUGUCGCGGUGCGAUGACCGCCUCACCGAUUGCAGCGGCGGAGUCGCCCAGUGGCGUCGUAGAACGAAGGAAGCAACGGUGAGCGAGUGAGUGAGUGAGUGAUCGGACCGUCUUGAAGCGCUGGCGUGUUUCCCGCCCGCCAAACAGCUGUGUUUCCCCGGCGUUCAAUUAUGGGUCUGCGUGCAUGUCGGUGGUGGCGGGGUGAGGAGGAAACGAUCGCAGGUCGAGCGCCGACUCCCCAAAACGCGCUGUCUUCUCGUGCCACUGAAGCGAGGCCACCAACCUCACUUCCGACGACGCUUUCGUCGCAAUUCUGACGACUGACAGCUUGAACGUGCCUUCUCAGGGCUUUUCGUGGACUACCGUUCAAUCACCAUGCCGACGGGCAAACGCAUCAUGAAGAGGAUCGUCACGUAUUCACUCAUCCUCGGCCUGCUGGCGAUAUGCGUGGCGUCUAUGCGUGGCGCCCUGAUGCCCAAGACGCUGCCGGGCUUCCGCUGCGACGACCCGCACAUCCGGCACCCGUUCCGGGGAGACACCGUCACCCUCACGCAGAUCCUGGCGCUGGUCAUCGUGCUGCCGGGACCCCUGCUCUUACUGGUGGAGCAGUGGGCCGACGGUCCCGUCCGCUGGCCGCUGGUCCGGUCCGCGCUUCGCCAUUACGUGCUCGGCCUGGAGCUGGUCUCCGUGGCCAUCGAGGUGGUCAAGUCGCUGGUCACCAAGCCACGCCCACACUUCCUGGACUCGUGCCGACCCGACUGGGACAAGCUCGACUGCUCGCAGGGCGUGGUGACGCAGUACCAGUGCGCCAAUGAGGAGGCUUGGAUACUGGUCGACAUGUACAAGUCGUUUCCCUCCGGUCACUCGGCGCUUGGCUUCUACCUUUUUACAUUCGUAGCGGCUUACUGCGCCGUGCGGCUGCCUUCGCUGACGUCCCGGUGGUCGCGCGGUGGCUGCCGCCUUCUACAGCUGUGCCUGUUCGUGCUAGCCUGCGCGUGCGCCGCGUCUCGCAUCUACGACCGCCGCCACCAUCCCGUGGACGUCGUCACCGGGGGUCUGCUCGGCGUGCUCGGAGGACUGGCCACGGUGCGGUGGUUCGUGUCUAGCAGUCGACAUCGCAUCGAAUCUAAAGCCCAGUGAAAGAGAGCGAGUGAAAGAGACAACACGAGACUCAGCGUGACCGUUUUACAGCCAUAGUAGUGAUAUAUCAUACACAUAUAUCUAUUCAAUUACGCC